GCGCCCAGAUCCUCCUCACAUGACUCCCCUCCCACUUGGCUUGUCUCCGAAGACCCUAAAAGUGCAUGAAAAGUACCUGUUUAAUGUCUUAAAACACCUUUACAAUGUUCAGUCUUGCUGGAGAAGACGACGAUGACUUCCUCUCGCCCUCGGGCAUGUCAGGAGGGUCGAAGCUUGGGUCCCUGUUCAGCGCUGACCAGGCUGGUGCCAGGGCAGGAAAUGAGUCUCUAACCUACACGGCACCCAAGGAACCCAAGAAGGUCCAGCCGGGAAAGGCAGAGGGGGGCAGCGCUCCAGCUUUACUGUUUGCAUGCGCUGUACAUGCUUACAAAUAUGUGGACAAUCAGUAUGUCAAGCAGGGAAAGCUUGGUGCAGCCAUCCUUGGUAGCCAUAGCAACAGUGAUUAUAAGAUCCUGUUGUAUGUGAGUAAGGACAGGCCUGUCACCACUGCCAAGGUCACCAGGACCUUCAGCUUUACUGUACAGGCCAACAACUAUGCUUCCUUCUACGAUGACCAGAGACAGACAUGGUCUGUCAUGUUUGAAUCUGAGUCCAAUGCUGUGGACUUUGCCAAACAUAUUGGAAUGUCCCGAGCCAACAGUGGUGCAAUAGAUGGAAUAGUCCAUCAGGAUCUGGUUCUAGGGGAGGGCCAGGCUGUAGAUGUGGGAGACUCGAUGGAGAUGAAAUACACAGGAUGGCUUCUGAGCAACAACACCUUUGGUCAGGUGUUUGACAGUAACAUGAGUACAGACAAGGCCUUCAGGUUUAAAAUUGGAAAGGGAAAAGUCAUCAAGGGUUGGGAAGAAGGAACAGUGGGAAUGAAGAAAUCAGGGAAGAGGCUGUUGGUGAUUCCUCCUCACCUGGCCUACGGUGCCAAAGGUGUGCCCAACAGGGUGCCUGCCAACGCUACACUUGUCUUUGAAGUCCAUGCUAUGAAGGUUAAGUUCAACAAAGAUGACAGCAGGUCCACAUCAUCUCGAGACUCCCCCGCCCCAAGAGUGGACUCGCCCGUUGUGGAGGCCCAGCCCCCACCAGCUCAGGUAGCACCCCAGGCUGCAGCUGAAGACACCAGUGUGAAGGCCCGUACGUCGUCCAUCAGUGAGCAGCUGGGCCACCCCUCCAGCAGCAAGGCUAAACUCAUCUCCCGCAUGGCCAAGAUGGGGCAGGCCAUCAUCCCGUCCACCGGGCCGGCCGAGGGGGAGGGGGACGUGGAGCCUGAGCUGGAGGAACAGCCGCAGGUGGUGAAGCCUGUUCCCCAACAGGCGACACCUGUCCAGCCGGUCGCACAGCCGCCCCAGCAGGUGGCCCCGCCGCAGCAAGCACCGCCACAGGUGCAGCAGCCAGGGAUACAAGGUUUUGCCCCACCUGGCAUGCCUCAGCAGCAGGUGGCUAUGUUCCAGCCACAGAUGCAGCAGCCGCAGCCAUUCCAGUACCCACAAACCUCUGCUCCCUCUGCCACGCCCUACAACACCUACCAGCAGCCCGGCCAGGCCCCGCCCCCUCAGUACAACACCAUGUACCCCGCCCAGCAACAGUUCCCCGGGCAACCGUUUCCCGGGCAACAGCAGCAGUUUCCGGGGCAACCGGGAAGCGACAUGCACACCAACAUGCUCGUGUCGGAAACUCGACAACAGAACACGGAGAUGAGGAUCGCCAUCGGUAAAGUUACUGACAAGGUGGAACAAAUUCUCUCCAAGGUUGACAACCUCCAGCUCCAUGGCAUGGGGAACAGUCUGGUCCCACAGGGUCCUGGAGGCUACAUGGAAGCCUCUGUUCUCAUGCAGAACAUCCAGAGAAUUCUGCAGGAAAAUGAGAGAUUGAAAAAGGAAGUGUUUGAAAAGAGUUCCAGAGUGGAAUCCCAGAAUGAGAAGAUUGCUGAGCUGCUACAGAGGAACCAAAAGUUUAUAGAGCAAAGCAACACAAUGUUGGAGCAGAGAAAUGACACCUUCAAGAACACAGCAGCCCAGUCUCAGGCCAGGGUGCUGGAACUGGAACAGGAAAAGGUGCAGAUGGCCAAUGAGCUGAGCAUCACCACGGCCCAGCUGAGCCGCUUGCAGCUGGAGAUUGCUGGGUUGAGGAAACAGGAGGGAGACCUGACCUCACAGCUCAACACUGCAGCACAGGAGGCACAGAAAAACCUGUCAGAACUCAACACACUCAGACAGGCAAAGACAGAAACAGACUCCCAACUGUCGGAGCUGCAGCAGACCAUGAAGACAGAGAAGGUGAACAAGAAGCAGCAGGACAGUAAAAUGGGAGAGAUGGAGGAUGAGCUGACAGAACUCAGGGCCGAGAAGGAAGGGCUGGAAAAGAGUGGAGAAGGGGAGACUCUGUCAGAAAGGAAGGCCAAGGCAACGUCAGACAGGAGAAAACUAGAGGAGGAAAUGGAUGAAAUCAAAAGGCAACAUGAGGAGGAAGUUGAAGACUUGAGGUCCAAGUUGAGAAAACAGAGAGCCUCAACUGAUGCUGUGACUGCAGAGCAGGUAGCGGCAGUGGAGAAGGAGAUAGAGACCCAGUGGAAGGACAAGUGUGACCGUCUGGUGGCUCAGACACAGGACAAACACAGGAGACUGAUGGAGGAGAUACAGGAGGAGAAGGAACAGCUCCAGAACAAACUCUCCAACAUGGAGGCCAAGCUGGCAACUUUGAAGAACUCCCAGGGGGAGGGGAGCCAGAAGGUGGAAGAGCUUGAGGAGAAGCUGGAAGAAAUGGCCGGGUGGAAGGAGAAGUAUACCAGUCUGCAUGGCAGUGCGGUUGGUAUGAAGGAGAGAUACGAGGAACAGAUAGCAGAACUCCGGGAGCAGCUGGAGCAUGCCCAGAGUCAGCCUUCUACUGGUGCCAUGGCAACAGGGACCACGCCCAAUAUAGCUGAAGAAGUGAAGAAGAUCAUGAACCAGGUGUUCCACUCGCUGCGGGCGGAGUUUGAGCCGGAGGAGUCGUACACGGGGAAGGCCGUCCUGGCAGCCAUCGUCAAUGCCAUCAAAACCACCACCAUGCAGCUGCUAUCCCAGCAGGCCUCACAGCAGGGGGAGCAGGAGGAGGCCAGCGAGUCUGGGAGUGAGGAGGAGAGUGAGGAGGAGGAGGAGGAAGAGGAGGAAGAAGAGGAGAAGCAAGAGGAAGAAGUAAAAGCACAACAGGAGGAAGUUUCUACAGUAGAAACAGUACAAGAAGAAGCCGUGCCUGUUCAGUCUGUAGAGUCAACAGAAGCUCCUGCACACGAGAGUACAGAAGAACAAAACGGCUCAGACACAAGCAAAACAGAAACCUCUCCAGUUCCUGAUUCUGUGGCACCAUCGGCUGUAGAUGAGCAGGGCACAGAGGAUUCUGGGACACCGCCAGCACCCACAGAACAAGCGGAAGAAGGUUCAAAGGCAGCAGAACAACCAAUUGAAGAAGUUACUGCAGAAACUGUAGAAAAUCAAACAGACGGUAACAGGACUGAGGAGGCCUCUGAACAAUCUCAGAGUGUUGAUAACAGUGUGACUGUUGAGAAGGAAGAGGAAGGUAAAGAAACUGUCACCGUGAACCAAUCAGAUGAAGUGAACCAUGUACAACAGGAGACAGAGAAAGUAGAGGAGCCACCGGAGAUGCCUGCUGCUGAGAAGAAACCAGAUUUAAGCAAUAUAUUUGGAGAUGAUGACAUCUUGGAUGAUGGCAUGGCUGAUACUUUUGGUAUCCAGCCUAAAGAUGAGGCAGCCGAGGAGGAGAAGGAGAAAGACAAGACAAAACAGCCAACACUUGAUGAUGCUGAUGAUCCGUUCAAAGGACCACCGCCGCCCCUUUUCCCUGACGAGGAUGAUGAUGAUGACUUGGACUGGCUCAGCUGAUCACUAUGCAGACCGGCUGGUUUUUGGGGGGAUUUUCUUCAAUCAGUUCAGUUCAGUUCAGUUUUAGUCUUUCUUUUGCCAGUGACUGUAUUUUAUUACAGAAUAUUUUAUAUCAUUUGCAGCUACAGUUCUGUAGAUGUUGUUUGUCAACAAGUUGAUUCAGUUUGAAUUUAAAAGGAUCACAGCACCAUGUCUUGCCUUUAAACUUUGAGUUGUAAUUAUUCUGAUAUAGAGCUGCCUCAAAAUCUUUUCUUUUGCUGUAGCAUACAGACUAGUUGCCACAGACGUUGACUUGUAAGAGAAAUUUGUAAAGGAUUCCCUAUGAUCUGACACUGUUGUAUGCAUUUCGAAAUGUCCAGAGACAGGUGUACUGAUUGAUAUACGAGAGCAGAAUCUGAUACUUUGUAAAAGAGACAAAUAUAUUGAAUAUAACGUUUGAAGAGAUGAUAGAUUUGCAAACUUUUUGAGCUAAAACAGAGCUGAGACUAGGUUAAAGCUCCUUGCAAAUAUUGAUGUCAUUUGCAAAGUACACAUAGAUUUGCCUGCUUGUGCCAAAUCAUUCUUUUAAAUUCUAUAUUUUUCUCUCAUUAUAUAUGAAAUUGCAUCAUAAGAUAAAUCCAGAUUGAGACUGAAAUGUAGAU